GUGGAUAGUCACAGUUGUGAAGUUUCAGCGCUUCCAGUGACACUUCUUUUAAUAGUUUCUUUUGAGAUCCUGUAGUAGACUACUAGAAAUCCCGGAAAAAUGGCCGAUAAGAAGAACCUCCUCCUGCUGUUCGAUCAUCCCACCGAACCCGUCUUUAUGGACAAGGGCAAGCGGGUGACCGUGUUCGAUGUGCCCGACUCCUUCCUGACCGAUCGCUAUCGUCCGAUUAGCAAUGAGGUCCAAAGUCGUGUUGGCGACAAGGUGGAGCAGCGGGUUCCGGUCCGCGAGAUCUCCAUUCCCGACUUGAGGAUCCCCAUGUCCCUGGGCCGCGACGAGCAGUUCUCGCUGUUCCUGCCCAAGCACCGCAGGAUCGCCGGCCGUCUCAUCGACAUCUUCAUGAACAUGCGCUCCGUGGAUGACCUUCAGAGUGUGGCUGUCUAUGCCAGGGAUCGUGUGAACCCGGUUCUGUUCAACUAUGCCCUCUCGGUGGCCCUGCUCCAUCGUCCCGAUACCCAGGGUCUGGACCUGCCCUCCUUCUCGCAGACCUUCCCCGAUCGCUUCAUCGACUCGCAGGUGAUCCGCCAGAUGCGUGAGGAGUCCUUUGUGGUGCAGCCGGGCUCACGGAUCCCCAUCACCAUUCCAAGGGACUACACCGCCUCUGAUCUCGACCCCGAGCACCGGCUGUGGUACUUCCGCGAGGAUCUGGGCAUCAACCUGCACCACUGGCACUGGCAUCUCGUCUAUCCCUUCGAGGCCUCCGACCGCAGCAUCGUGAACAAGGAUCGUCGUGGCGAGCUGUUCUACUACAUGCACCAGCAGGUGAUCGCCCGCUACAAUGCCGAGCGGUUCAGCAACAACCUGUCCAGGGUGCUGCCUUUUAACAACCUGCGGGAGCCCAUUGCCGAGGGCUACUUCCCCAAGAUGGACUCCCUGGUGGCCAGUCGUGCCUGGCCGCCACGUUUCGAGAACACCAAGCUGAGUGAUCUCAACCGGGAGGCUGACCAGCUGAAUGUGGAGAUUGGCGAUCUGGAGCGCUGGCGCGACCGCAUCUACGAGGCCAUUCACCAAGGCUUCGUUAUGGAUGAGCGUGGCAACCGGGUGCCCUUGGAUGAAGCCACGGGCAUUGACACCCUGGGCAACAUGAUUGAGUCCUCCAUUCUGUCGCCCAACCGAGUGCUGUAUGGUGAUCUGCACAACAAUGGGCACACCUUCAUCUCGUACGCCCACGAUCCCACCAGCAAGCACUUGGAGUCCUUUGGCGUGAUGGGCGAUGUGUCCACCGCCAUGAGGGAUCCGGUGUUCUACAAGUGGCACUCGUACAUCGACCGCAUCUUCCAGGAGCACAAGUCGCGCCUGCCCGCCUACACGGACACCCAGCUGAACUACUCUGGCGUAUCGAUCACGGGCAUCCAGGUGGACACCAAUGGAGGUCGGCCCAACAAUUUGACCACCUUCUGGCAGCAGUCGGAUGUGGACAUGUCCCGUGGCUUUGACUUCCUGCCGCGUGGCAAUGUCUUUGCCCGAUUCACCCAUCUGCAGCAUCUGCCCUUCACCUACACCAUCAGUGUGAACAAUGAUGGAGGCUCACAGAGAUUCGGCUAUGUGCGCAUCUUCAUUGCUCCCAAGAACGAUGAGCGUGGCCAACCCAUGUUGAUGCGGGAUCAGCGCUCCAUGAUGAUCGAGCUGGACAAGUUUGUGGCUUCACUGAACCCGGGACCCAACACCAUUCGCCGCCGCUCCACGGAGUCGAGUGUGACCAUUCCUUUCGAGCGCACCUUCCGCAACCUGGAUGCCAAUCGCCCAAGUGCUGGAACUCCGGAGGAGCUGGAGUUCAACUUCUGCGGCUGCGGCUGGCCCAACCACAUGCUGGUGCCCAAGGGUCUGCCCGAGGGACUGCCCUGUGUGCUGUUCAUCAUGGUGUCCAACUAUGAGAACGAUAGGAUUGACCAGCAACUGGUGGGUCGCUGCAGCGAUGCCGCCUCCUACUGUGGAGUCCGGGAUCGCCUCUAUCCCGAUCGCCAGUCCAUGGGCUAUCCCUUCGACAGGCUGCCCCGCACUGGAGUGGACCGCCUGGUGAACUUCCUCACGCCCAACAUGAGCAUCGUGGACGUGACCAUUCGCCACGAGAACCGCACUGUCCAGCGCCAGAACUAGAUGAAACCGCUCCUGAUCACCACCCACCCUGACCCGAUUCGCUGGCCCUGGCCACCUCUAGAUAUAUUAACUCUUAGCAAUCUAUUGCAUCUUUAUUGAGCCGCUUAAUAAACAAGACAUCAUAGCAUUCCACAAA